GGCUGGCCUGGUGCUGGUGGCUGGCUGGUCUUCGACUGCUUUUCGCUCUUCGCUGGUUGUACGGAGUCGAUUUCGAGUUCAGUUCAGCCUCGUUGGCACGCGGGAAUCGGAAUAGAGGAUAGGGCAGAGGAUCAUGAGAGUGCGCCGUCAGUCGUGCCAGUACUGUCAGUGCAGCCAGUACAGCCACUGGGAAACGAAAUCGCUGUGAAACCCUGGAUACCAUCGUCGUGGCCGCGUCUGAACAUCCCCAAAAGUUCCAAGGUUGCCAAGGCUAACAAACUCUGACUCCAGAAACAAAAUCUUGGAACUAGACCCAGGAUUCGGGAGGAGCUUGUCUCCUAGGAGCCAAAACAGGUGGGCAAACUUCAAUCAUCAAUCUUGUAAACAUCAAAGAGAUGACAGGAAGUUAGGGGAUAGAAUAAAGUAGGAAGGUGGAAUAGUGGAACUGAAGAAGAGGAAGAAGAAACUGAUUAAGUAUUUUAAGAAAAGGGAUGAAGAAGUGUUCAGAAACUGAUGAAGUGACAAGAAGAAACUGAUGAAGUGAAAAGAAGAGACUGAUGAAGUGAAAAGAAGAAAUAGAUACAGUGAGAAGAAGAAACUGAUGAAGAAGACAAUUUAGAAAAGAAGAAGUGGAGAUUAAAAAAAGAAAAACUUGCCAAGAAGGAAAAUGGGCCCUGAUCGGUGGGACUAUUUAGGCCCUGCACAGGAGUCAUCCCUCUCUUCGAGGACGUGGGGCAGGACCCGCCACCGUUUCUCGUGAUACUUCAACUUCCAAAUUUUUCGGGAAAGUGCCCGAAGAAAUUUUGGAAACCACAUCGGACGACCUUGAAGUGGUCCCAGCUUUCCCUGCUCUUCAAAAAAGUUUUUUUUAAAGUACGCGAGUGCUGUUUUCAAAAAGAGGGCGAAAGUGAUGGGUGAAGAGUUUUCGGGAUGAAGAGCUUUUUGGGGUGAAGAGUUCUAUAGGGUGAAGAGCUUUUUGGAGGAGAAGAGUUUUUUAAGUUUAAGAUCUUUUUGGGAUGAAGAGCUUUUUGAGGUGAAGAGUUCUUUAGGGUGAAGAGCUUUUUGGGUGUAAAGAGUUUUUUGAGGUGAAGAUCUUUUCGGGAUGAAGAGUUUCUGGGAGUGAAGAGUGUGUAACGUGAAGAGUGUGUAUCGUGAAGAGUGAAGAGUGUGCCAUCGUCGGAUUUUUCCCCUCAAGGCAAGAAUGACGCGACUGCUGAGACAUCGACAUCCGGAACCGCUUUCUCGGUUUUGCGGGUCUCUCCUCAUCUUGCUCCUAUUUUUUGCUGAGGUUACUUAUUCUGCGGAUCUGGCUAUCGAAAUCCCGGGUAAUUUGAGCCAGGGCGGGUCAUGGUACAGAUUGGAUUAUAGCCCACCAGUUGGUUAUCCACGUCCUAAUACAACCAUUGCGGCCGUAGACAUUGGUGACGUCAUUCACUUCCGGGAUGGACUUCCGGGCACUAAAUAUGAUUUUUGGCUCUAUUACAGCAAUGGGACAUUCCAUGAUUGGCUCACAUGGACUGCUUCAAUCACUACUCCCCCCGAUCCUCCUUCAAAUUUGACGGUCGCCGUUCGAAACGGGAAAUCUGCAAUGGUCUACUGGGCUCCACCUAGUCAAGGAAAUUACUCUGGAUUUCGAUUGAGGGUGCAGAGCUUCAAUGAUGCUGCGAAUCCCUGGACCAGAAUUAUUCCCGCUGACGCUGUGCCCUACACCCUCAGGGACCUGACGCCCGGAGCGACAUAUUCCCUCCAACUAUUCACCGUCCUGGACUCAAAGGAGAGCGUCGCUUACACCAGCAGAAAUUUCACCACAAAGCCAAAUACCCCGGGCAAGUUCAUCGUAUGGUUUCGAAACGAGACCACUUUGUUGGUUCUUUGGCAACCGCCUUAUCCUGCAGGGAUUUACACACAUUAUAAGGUCAGCAUAGAUCCUCCAGAUGCGCUCGAAUCUGUCCUUUAUGUUGAAAAAGAAGGCGAACCACCUGGACCUGCUCAAGCGGCUUUCAAGGGCCUCGUUCCUGGGAGGGCCUACAAUAUCUCAGUGCAAACUGUCUCUGAAGAUGAAAAUUCUGCUCCAACAACUGCUCAGUACCGAACAGUUCCUUUCAGACCCUCAAACGUUACCUUUGACAAAUCCUCCAUCACUUCCACAUCCUUCCUAGUCUUCUGGAAUCCUCCCAACGGAACCUCAGAAUUCGACAAAUACCAAAUUUCCCUUGGGGGGAACAGAAGGUUCACACCAGUCACGAGAAACAAGGAUGAGGAAUGUCGAUGGGAGUUUAAAGAACUUGAGCCUGGAAAAACCUACCAGGUGGUUGUCAAGACUGUCUCAGGGAAAGUUACGAGUUGGCCAGCUAGUGGAGAUGUUGUCUUAAAACCAUUGCCAGUUCGAGACCUCAGGGCAGAAAUUGAUGAACGAACCUGGAUGGUUGAUGUUUCCUGGACUCCGGAAAAUUCGAGCACUCAGGAUACUUACAAACUUCAAUAUCAUGAAGUGGAGUCUACAAUUGGUGGAGACAGCAACAGUUUGACUACCGACAAAACUAGGGUGACGUUAGAUGCCUUAUUGCCUGGAAGGAACUACUCGAUAAUCGUUCAGGCGAUCAGCAAUAAGGUGGAAUCGAACGAAACGAUUUUGUACCAAGCGACGAAACCUGCGAGUCCUAUUAUCGAGGACCUGAAGUCAAUCGAAAAGGGGUUGAACAUCUCCUGGAAAAGCGAUGUAAAUUCGAGACAGGAGAAAUUCGAAGUGACGCACAACAGAAAUGACACCGGUGAAAGUGCGACAACUCUGACAACCGAGUCACACAUUGUCCUCGAGGACCUCUAUCCAGGUGCCGGAUAUGAGGUCAAGGUUUUUGCAAUCAGCCACGGCCUCAGGAGCGAACCGCAUGAUUAUUUUCAAGCAGUGCUUCCACAUCCACCGAGAAACCUAAGCGUGGAAAAGGUGACAACAAAUACGGUGCUGGUUCACUGGGAAGCUCCCACAGACUCAAUAUUUUCUGAGUAUGCAAUCAGAUAUCGAACAGAAGACGAUCCGCGAUGGGUGAAGCUCCCGAGCGUCAAAGAAACGGAAGCGGAAGUUGCUGACAUGACACCGGGGGAAAGAUACACAGUUCAAGUCAACACUGUCAGUUUUGGGGUUGAGAGUCUCUACCCUCUUCAAGUCAAUCACACAGUCCGUCCAAAUCCAGUAUUAAAUGUGACUCCCGUGAUUGAUUCGACGAAUGUGACUCUUGAGUGGCCUCGACCGGAAGGAAGAAUUGAAUUCUAUGCCCUUAAGUGGUGGCCACUUGAAAAUCCGAAAUAUAUCAGAUUCAAAAAUGCUUCUGAAAGCAGCGAAAUUGCAGCAGUUGGAUAUGAUGAGAAUAUUGUUCAUACCGAAAGAAUUCUUAUCAGCGAUUUGAUGCCUGGAGUUGAAUAUUCUUUUAGCAUCUACACCGUCUCUUAUGAUCUUGUCAGCGAUAUUAGCAACUUGACAACGAGAACUAUGCCGUUGAUCCAAUCCGAAGUCGUGGUGGUUGUGGAUCGUGAUUUGCCAGAUUCAUUGACUUUACGAUACACCCCAACACCCAUGUUAUCGUCUCGUUUCGAUCUCUAUCGAUUUCGAAUCAACGAUAAAAAUAAUACGACAAAGGAAAAAUUAGUUGGUGAUGUUGAUACGAAGGUGACUUUCUCUGAAUUGGUACCAGGUAGGCUCUACAAUGUCACGAUGUGGACUGUCAGCGACAAUGUUGAAAGUCGUCCUCUAUUUCGACAAGACAGACUUUAUCCAGAACCAGUUACGGCGAUUCAUUCAUUGGAGGUGAAUGAUACGAAAAUAACCCUGACCUGGGAUAUUCCUCGAGGCGAAUAUGAUGCCUUCGAGGUGCAGUAUAUCAAUACAGAGGGCAACUAUGUGCAAAAUAUCACAUUCGUGAAUGCCAUGACGAUUUCGGAUCUGAAGCCUUAUAGAAAUUACACAUUCACCCUUGUGGUCCGGUCGGGGACAGAAUCGAAUCAUCUGCGCAGCUCUAAUCCAAUCAGUGCAAGUUUCACCACCAGUGAAUCUUACCCUGGGAGGGUUGACAAAUUCAGCCCCACUGACAUUCAACCGAGUGACAUCAGUUUCGAAUGGUCGCUCCCUAGUCAAGAGCAAAAUGGCAUUAUCCGCAAAUUCACGAUCACCUAUGGCCUGGAAGGUUCAACACAUACACAAACGAAGGACUUCAGGCCAAGUGAAGUCAAAGGAAUUAUUAAUAACCUCACACCCGGAAAGACCUACGCUUUCAAAAUUCAGGCCGAGACGAAAAUCGGAUUGGGCCCGGAGGCUGUUUGGAAGCAAAAAAUGCCAAUUUUGGCCCCUCCAAAACCUGAAACUCAAUCAGUGCCGACCGAAGUUUGCAGAAGUAGUACAACAAUUCAAAUUCGAUUUAGAAAAAAAUACUUCAGUGAAAAAAAUGGAGCAAUAACUUCUUACACUAUUAUUGUUGCUGAAGAUGAUAGUAAAAACGCUUCCGGGUUGGAGAUGCCCAGCUGGCGGGAUGUUCAAGCUUAUAGUAUUUGGCCUCCUUAUCAGAUUCUCUCCACGUGUCGCACAGAUAAGGACAACACGGCGAUCAUUGUGGGCGUGACUGUGCCGAUUGUUUUGCUUCUUACGUUGCUGGGAAUCGGAUUAAUUAUUCGGAGGAGACGCAGCCAAGGAAGAAAAACGACAGAAACGCGAGUGACUGACGAUUUGUCAUUGCCCGACAGUGUCAUUGAAACGAGUCGACCGAUUCGGGUGGAGAACUUUGCAGAGCAUUAUCGAAUAAUGUCAGCGGAUUCAGACUUCCGGUUUUCGGAAGAAUUUGAAGAGCUCAAAUGCGUAGGAAGGGAUCAAGCCUGCAGUGCUGCAGAUUUGCCCUGCAAUCGACCAAAGAAUCGCUUUACAAAUAUUUUACCCUACGACCACAGCAGGUUUAAAUUGCAGCCUGUUGAUGAUGAGGAGGGAUCAGAUUACAUCAACGCUAAUUAUGUUCCUGGUCACAAUUCUCCGAGAGAGUUUAUAGUCACUCAGGGUCCUCUGCACUCGACAAGAGACGAUUUCUGGAGGAUGGUGUGGGAGAGCAACAGUCGAGCAAUUGUUAUGUUGACUCGCUGUAUCGAAAAAGGGAGGGAGAAAUGCGACCAUUAUUGGCCGGUUGACACACUUCCGGUCUAUUACGGAGACAUUUGUGUGACAAUUUUAAAUGAUUCUCAUUAUCCCGACUGGAGCAUCACUGAAUUUAUGCUCUGUAGGGGAGACUCAAAGAGAGUAAUCCAGCACUUCCAUUUCACGACGUGGCCAGAUUUUGGAGUACCUAGUCCACCUCAAACCCUGGCGAGGUUUGUCCGGGCCUUCCGGGAACGGGUCCGUCCCGAUCAGAGGCCAAUAGUCGUCCACUGUAGUGCCGGGGUUGGACGAAGUGGUACUUUUAUCACCCUGGAUAGGAUAUUACAACAAAUUUUAGUUUCGGAUUAUGUCGACAUUUUUGGCAUCGUCUGUGCCAUGAGAAAAGAGAGAGUUUGGAUGGUCCAAACUGAACAGCAAUAUAUUUGCAUUCAUCAGUGUCUUCUAGCUGUACUGGAGGGUCAGGACACCACUGGACCGCCUCGAGAAAUUCACGACAAUCAGGGUUUCGAGGAUGACGAGGGAAUUGCUGAGUCAGGGAUGUGAUCACCUGGAAACUGAAUUAAUUCAGCGAACAAAAAUUUAAUCUCGAUUUCAAACGAGAAAAUGGCAGCAGGAACGAAGGCUGAAAAGGUGGCACUGGCAGGAUUUGUAAAGGAAAAAAGAGGAAAUGUAAAAGAAGAAAGAAAAGAAAGGAAAGAUGAAAUUUGAAAGAUGAGAGAAGACAGAAGAAAUGAGAAGAUAAAGUUACAUACCGAAAGAAGAGGAAAGUUUUGGAAGAAGAUUAAAUGCUCCCGAGAAUAGGAAAACCUCUAAAGACAGAGAAA